UCUGCAUUUAUACAUGAUUUCUGAUUUCUAUUCUGUUUCUAUUUCUUGUUCCUAUUGCCUGUUGCCUGACAAUUGUGCAAGAGGCUUUAUUGCUGAAGAAAUUUUUGGGGCUAUUUAUUUAAAAGAAGAAGAAGAAGAAGAAGAAGCUGAAGAUUAGUCUCAGGUGUCAGCAUUGAGGAAGAUAUAAUUUUUGAAUGACUUACAAAAUGAAUCAGGAAAAUGCGAGCGAGAACACCGAGGACCGUACAAUUAAUUGCGAUGCAGAAAAUAAAUUGACGCAAGUUGAAAAAGAACUUGCUAAGGCAAAAGUUGAAAAACUUUGCAAAAAGGCUAAGAGAGGAAUAAUUUAUUUGUCCACAAUUCCGAAAUAUAUGAACAUCACGAUGAUCCAGGAGAUGUUUUCUGCUUACGGUAAAGUGGGCAGAGUGUAUCUGCAGCUGGCCGAUAAUGAGAUACAAUCGGUGAAACGUAGAAAAAAGUCCAAGAAAGCAAUUAAGCACUUCACUGAAGGCUGGAUAGAGUUUGAAAGUAAGAAAGUGGCAAAAUUUGUAGCGGAGACAUUAAACAAUACUCAAGUAUCUACGAGAAAGAAAAGCAAGUUCUACGACGUUAUGUGGAACAUAAAGUACUUGCCUAGAUUUAAGUGGAUUCACUUGAGUGAACGUUUAGCUUAUGAACGUGCAGUUCAUAAACAAAGACUUCUAACAGAAGUAGCACAAGCUAAGAGAGAGGUUAACUUCUUCUCGUAUAAUGUAGAUAGAAGUAAAAAGCUGCGAAAGAAACAUGAACAAGGGAAAGAGACGACAUUUGAAUUGCCUGAAGUUAAGCAAAGAGAUACUGAUAACGAGAUAAGAAACAGGAAAGCAAAGACACAUAUAGAAGACAGAACAGAAUUUUUUAAAUCGAUAUUUGGAUAAAGUUUACAAACAUCAAAAUAUCAUGCAAAAGUGAAAAAGGAAUAUCUACUAAUAUACUAUGUUAGAAAGAAGUGAUAUGGACUUUUUUACUUUAAUCAAGAUUAAUUUAUAAAAGAGCAUUAUUCAUCAUCUAUAUACAAAAGGUAAAAAAAAUAUUUUAUUUGUUUGUUACAUAUGAAUUAAUAUUCUGGUAUUCUGGUAAUUAUAUUCUGGUAUUAUUACAAAAGACUGUUUAGGAGAUUGUGGAAAUAAUAUUCAGCAAACCAUUUUUACAAAAGAAAAGUAGGUGUGGUUUGUUACUCUGAUGAAGAAUCUAAGACAUCAUUAGAAUUAUAUUAUAUAAGUUUGUUCUAUUGGUCCUAAAACAUCCUGUACACGCACAUAUAUACACUUUUGUUUCUUGUUUUUUUUUGUAAUUGUAUAAACUUAUUUGUUUAGAUCUAUGUAUGAAAUAAAUAGAUUUGUUUCAAUAAUUACAGAAAACAAAAAUGUUAUGGAUUAUAAUCGUUGCUCCAAAACAUGGUGAAUUUUUGGAGAAUUUUUGCACCUAAAUAGUACAAUAAACUGUUAUACUUCACAACAGAGUUAUAAAAUGCGAAAAUAUUGCCAAAAUCUACAUUUAUAAUCAUUAAGUAUAACAAUAUUUUAAAAAGAAAACAGCAUGUUUUCUUCUCCAUUUUUCCUUCUCUAAUAUCAAAUCUUCGUCGCUAAUAUUGCCACCAAAAUUGAAAUAAAUCUUAUUAUCUCUUAUCUGAUAAUGAAUCCUCUUUAUUAUCAAAUAAACCAUUUUGUUACUAUUUCUUAAAUUAUAUCUACAUAUUACAUACGUGUGCGCUCGGCACUCGGUCAGCUUCGGGCGGUAGAAGAGCGCAGACAUACACUCGCUGUCUUUUUCUUUCCCUAUAGCUAUAACUAUAGCUGAUGUGCCAUGUGGCCAUAUGUAUAUCUCGAGAUUCUUGAGAAUCGCGUAUAUUCCAAGUAGCCACGUAUGUGUAAGACCGUGCAAGUAGCAAAAAAAUAUUUUUUAAACGUUUUUAAAAACAUUUUUAGCAAUGAAAAAA